AUGCGGGCCUUCCUGGGGCUGCCGCUGCCGCUGCUGGUGAACCUGGUGGGCUCGCUGCUGGGGUUUGCGGCGACGGUCACCCUCAUCCCGGCCUUCCGCGGCCACUUCAUCGCCGCGCGCCUCUGCGGGAGGGACCUCAACAAGCGCGGCCAGGAGCUCAUCCCCGAGUCCCAGGGAGUGAUCAGCGGCGCCGUGUUCCUGAUCCUUCUCUUCUGCUUCAUCCCCGUCCCCUUCCUGAACUGCUUUGUGGAGGAGCAGUGUAAAGCCUUCCCCCACCACGAAUUUGUGGCCCUGAUAGGCGCGCUUCUUGCCAUCUGCUGCAUGAUCUUCCUGGGCUUCGCGGAUGAUGUCCUGAACCUGCGCUGGCGCCAUAAGUUGCUGCUGCCCACAGCUGCCUCACUCCCUCUCCUCAUGGUCUAUUUCACCAACUUUGGCAAUACGACCAUUGUGGUACCCAAGCCCUUUCGUCCGAUUCUCGGCCUGCAUUUGGACUUGGGGAUCCUGUAUUAUGUCUACAUGGGGCUGCUGGCAGUGUUCUGCACCAACGCCAUCAACAUCCUGGCAGGGAUCAAUGGCCUGGAGGCUGGUCAGUCACUAGUCAUCUCUGCUUCCAUCAUUGUCUUCAACCUGGUAGAGCUGGAAGGUGAUUGUCGAGAUGACCAUGUCUUUUCUCUCUACUUCAUGAUACCCUUUUUUUUCACCACCUUGGGAUUGCUCUAUCACAACUGGUACCCAUCACGGGUGUUUGUGGGCGAUACCUUCUGUUACUUUGCUGGCAUGACCUUUGCCGUGGUGGGCAUCUUGGGACACUUCAGCAAGACCAUGCUACUCUUCUUCAUGCCCCAGGUGUUCAACUUUCUCUACUCCCUGCCUCAGCUCCUGCACAUCAUCCCCUGCCCUCGCCACCGUGUGCCCAGACUUAAUGCCAGCACAGGCAAACUGGAGAUGAGCUAUUCCAAGUUCAAGACCAAGAGCCUGUCUUUCUUGGGCACCUUUAUUCUAAAGGUAGCAGCGAGUCUGCAGCUGGUGACAGUGCGCCCGAGUGAGGAUGAGGAUGGCGCCUUCACAGAGUGCAACAACAUGACCCUCAUCAACCUGCUCCUUAAAGUCUUUGGGCCCAUGCAUGAGAGGAACCUCACCCUGCUGCUGCUGCUGCUACAGGUCCUGGGCAGUGCUGUCACCUUCUCCAUUCGGUACCAGCUUGUCCGGCUCUUCUAUGAUGUCUGA